AUUAAGAAUACUUUACUUUAUACACACCCCUUUAAAAAAACCACAACUUUUUUCUCUCUCUUCUCGUCUUCCCUCUUUCUUUCUUCUCCUCCUCUCUUUCUCUCUCCAAUUAUCCUGUGUUUUGUAACAAAUUUUUACUUAUUUUAUCAAUCAUUUUGUAUAAUUACAGGGGAUUUUUAAUUUUUCUUUGGGUGAUAUUCAAGUUGGCUGAUCAAACCAGAAAAAGGGUUUUGAUUUAUAUCAAUUCUAUUUAUUUUUUUAAGGUGCAGUUUAGCUAACAAAAUUACAUGCCAUGGAACUUAAGGCGUUUGCUACUCUAAUGAAUCGAGCUUGCUGCAACCUCUCUCAAAGACCAUCCAUUGGAUACAAUAUUAGCUUUUUGUGACUAGGUUUCGGUGCACAAACUUUCUUCUUCCUAUGAACCCGUUCGAUAUAUGGUGUUUGAAGAUCUCAAUUUGCUUUUAAGUUCUCGACGUUGUGUUCGAGGUCUAAAUAUUGGAGAAACGCAAGUAUUGAAUCUAGGGUUUUAUAUUGUUACUGGUUUUGGUUCUAUGUAUAGAUCAAUAGCAGGAUCGUUUGGUUGAUGAGAUAUGUAAGACAUGGUCACCGCAGGAUUUAUGAGGAUUGUGUCCCCUUGUUGGAAGCCUUCUUCUGAGGCUGAGAACUCUACUAAAGACUCAAAUGGUCGUUUUGAUGGACUUUUGUGGCAUAAAGAUUUUGGAAGCCAUGUAAAUGGUGAAUUCUCCAUGGCUGUUGUGCAAGCCAACAGUUUGCUUGAGGAUCAUAGUCAACUCGAGUCUGGUCCUAUGGGAUCACUUGAUAACGGCCCUCAUGGAACAUUUGUCGGCGUAUAUGAUGGUCAUGGAGGUCCAGAAACCGCUAGAUUUGUCUGCAACAAUCUCUUCAAGAACAUCAAGACUAUUCUUGGUGCAGCAUUUACAUCUCAGAAUCAAGGCAUGUCUGCUGAUGUUAUCAUGAAGGCAUUUUUAGCAACAGAAGAAGAAUUUCUCUCGCUAGUAAAAGAACUAUGGCAAGAAAAGCCGCAGAUUGCUUCUGUAGGUUCUUGCUGUUUAGUGGGUGUAAUAUGUAGUGGAUAUCUUUAUAUCGCAAAUGCUGGUGAUUCUCGUGUUGUCUUGGGAAAGCUGGAUAACUUGGACAAAACUGUUAAAGCUAUCCAAUUAUCUUCAGAGCAUAAUGCAAGCUAUGAAUCUGUGAGAGAGGAGUUGCAGUUGAGGCAUCCCCAUGAUCCGCAGAUUGUUGUUUUAAAGCACAAAGUCUGGCGUGUAAAGGGUAUUAUACAGGUCUCAAGAUCUAUUGGUGAUGCCUAUCUAAAGAAGACUGAGUUCAAUAAAGCACCACUGUUAGCAAAGUUUAGAGUACGCGAGCCUUUUGAGAAACCAAUCAUGACAGCUGAGCCAUCAAUAUUAGUACAGAAGGUUGUUCCCGAAGACCAAUUUCUUAUCUUUGCUUCAGAUGGCUUAUGGGAACACCUUAGCAACCAGGAAGCGGUUGACAUUGUGAAUACGAGUUCCCGACAUGGAAUUGCAAAGAAGCUUGUAAAAGCCGCACUUUGUGAGGCUGCAAAGAAAAGAGAAAUGAGAUAUUCAGAUCUGAAGAAGAUUGAUAGAGGAGUUAGAAGGCAUUUCCAUGAUGACAUAACAGUUGUAGUUUUAUUUCUUGACACUCAUUUGGCUAGUCGAAACACUUACAGGGGACCCUUCAUUUCAAUCAAAGGAGCUGGAUAUUCAUCUUCAGGCAUUGAACAUUAAGAAAUCUGGGAAAAAAACGACCAAUUUUGUAUAAUUUUCCACUUCAAAGUGGUAUUAGGAGAGGAGUAAACAUAAUAUUCUUUUAUUUAUUUAUAUGUUUGUUAUAAAUAUUUUUGAGUAAUGCAUGGUGAAUAUGGUGUACUUCCCUUUCGAAGCCCGGUGAAGGAACUCCUCAAUGCUCUAUGAAGAUGCUACAAACUUUUCGAGUAAAAACUUUUAUGUUGAAAUUCUGCUGAUUAGGGCAUCAAGUUAUACAAACUUACUGCUGGGAAGAUUUAUGAUCCUUUUAUUUUAUUUAUUUUAUAUGAAAAACUCUACUAGUAAAAGGGAAAAUGAUUCUUACCAAAAAAAAUAGGGAAAAAGAUUGUCGAAGUAUGCUUUUCAUUGAGGAGUUGUAAAUUUUGAGGCUUUUACCUUUUGUGAUUUUUCCCCCCUACAAGUAAUUGAGUACUCCGUAUCUAAUUAUCUAUUUACCCACUUCACGUGUAUUUAUUGAGGAACACUGGAUUUGGCAUUUAACUUUUUGGAGUUCCUUUAAUACCCUCAAGUGAAAUAACAAAAAGGAAAUGCUUGCAAUUAAAGAGAUUAUCCAUGUUAUUUCCUUUCAAAAUGAAGCUUGUAGAGCUUUUUAUGUAAAAAUAAAUAAAAGGGUCAUAAAAUCUUAUUUCCUUGUA